UUAUCAUCUCGGUUGGGGAUCGUCCCAGUUCUCUAGUCUUGAUUAUAUGCCCAACUGGAAGUUACCCUACGAACGCAUGGCUUACACGGAUAAAUAUUGGAACAUCUAUUUGCCAUGGCUGCCGUCAUCGGUUAGAGACAAUGGGUUAUAUUACAAUGUUGGCGCGUAGUCGCAACAAUAGCAUGAAGGUGCUCCAUUAUCUUGAGCAAAACAAUUGGGUGAAUACACAGACGGCUGCUGUUUUCAUAGAUUUCACUUUAUACAAUGCGGAUGCGAAUAUCUUUACCAUUUGCAAUUUGCUGGUGGAGCGAACGCCAUUUGGCACUUUGGUACCUCGUGUCGAUGUCCAAAGCAUUAAAUUGCAAGUCUUGGAUCAGCUGGGCACACUCGGUCUAAUUGUGUCCAUCAUAUAUGUGUUGGUGCUCAUUCAGUUCUCCAAGACACUGGUGGUCACACUUUGGUACGAGCCAUCAAAGCUGCGCAGCAUGUGGAAUAAACUGGACUUGGCCAUUUUGGUGCUCAAUAUUCUGGUGGUCAUAUUGAUCAUCGUACAGGAGUUCAUGGUCUCGACGCUGCUCGAACAAAUUGAGUAUGCGAACAAGUUGCAAUUUCUGGACUUUCGGAGACCCGCGAUUGUGAAGCAUGUAUGCAGCAUUGUCCUCGGAAUCCUUGUACUCUUGACCACGUUGCGGCUGUGGAAGGUUCUUCAAUUUUCCAGCGUCUUUCAGCUCUUCUCACAUGCUCUGUUUAGCGCGUGGCAAGCUCUGGCGAGCACCGCAUUACUUAUCUCCAUUUUCCUGGUCGCAUUUGGCAUCGCUGUGGCAAUCAUCAAUGGCAACAAUACGAUGAAUUUCAAUUACAUAAUGAGAAGCAUUGCCAAUUCGUUGUGCUUCUCAUUUGGCUUCAGCCAACACAUCAGUCCCAAUGAUCUCUUCUAUGGUGGAGUGGGCAUGGGCAUAAUCCUAUAUUUGAUACUCACUUUUGUGAUUGCGCAGCUGCUGAUUAACGUAUUUGUCUCGACGAUCAAUGGAUACUUCGUUUAUGCCAAGUCGGUGCGUGAUGCCAAAGCUCAACAGCCGAUUAAUUUUCUGGAAUUUCUGCGUGUCGAGUACCACGGUGUCUUUGAAAUGUUCCGUAAGGUGCCCUGCAUCAAUCGUGGAUAUCGCAGCGGUAAUCGCACGGUGGCUGACUAUAUCAAAUAUACUUUGGAUGACAGACAUAAGAAGAGCGUUAAAUCCAAACAUCAUGCAUUGGCCAUAGGGAUUUCAACGGGGCGAUGAAAAUUUGGAUGAGGCCACGAAGCAUGACAAUUAUAAGAAACGCAUUGUUCGACUCUAUAAUAUUGCAAGCGUAAUGCAGACUCAAAUGCAACUGUUGGAACACUUCUGGGAGUUGGACGUGGAUAAAACUAAAAAGGAUAAACCAAGAUCGCCCAAGGAAGAGGACUCAGAAUCCGAUGAAGAUUACAGUGUUUAAUUAUUAAAUAACACAGACAUUUUAAAGCUACAAUUACUCAUUUUAAAAUAAUGAACUUUAAAGUUCAUUAAACUACAGUAACCUUGUCAAUAAGCCACAAGACCUUGACACACAUUCACAGUCAAUUACACACAUACAUAAGUAUGUUGCUGCUUGAAUAAAUAAUUGCUGUGGUUGACAAAAAUGUAACUUCAAAACAAACCAUUUAAUCCACUGCUCAAUGUGGCCCAUAGCUGCGUUCACUACAGCCAAUUAUUUUUGCUAAGCGACGUGAGUUGCAUUCAAAUUUAUUAUUGCUCUUUUGUUUACUUUUGCUAAAAGCACCAUAAACUGAUUAAAAAUGCUUAAGUG